UCUAAACAUUGAAUUAUGGGGAUUGGCCAUGUGGGGCGCUACUUUUGAAAUACAGUACACCGUCAUGAAUAUAUCAUUUAUGAGGUUAUUUGUCAUAAAUCUGAUUGAAUUUCUAACUUCAUACGAAUGUCAAUGUCUGUUUUAUGAUCUUCACAGGCAGUUAAAAGCGGUUGUCACAGGCUGUAUUCUAUAUUUAUUCAACAGGCCUAUAAUAAAAACUCCAAAUGUGUAGUUGUACCCAAAUUAUUUAAAACCUAUACAUUUCAUUGAGCCAUUCAAUUUUGUCAUCAAUAAUUUCCAGAUUUUUCUAUCAGUUUGAACAAUCAUUUAAGUAUGUAUACCCCGUGCCAAACACCAAGGCUACAAUAUAUAGUUCGUAUCACAUUUGAUGCCAGGCAAGAUAUUUGCUAGACAAUAUAACAAAUAUAUAUAUUUGAAAGUUGCAGUCAUAAGGUAAAUACAUCUAAUUUGUUUCUAUUAGCACUGUAUAUAUUCAUUCUUAAAGUAUUUAAUCUCAAGUCUAAUUAAACCUUGCUCCACUGUAACUUGAGCCACUUAUACACUGAAGAAGCCACUGAAGUCCAUUGUUAUUUUGAAGUGCUAUAUAAUAAAACUGAUCAAUCUGCAAACUUAAUAAUGUACAGUGAAUGCCGGUUCUCAUCACACCCUGAUUCCACUCUAUAUGGCCAGCACUUUGUUGCUUACAUUUAAUUCUCUAUUGUCAUAGAUUUGGUGGGCACUGUCAUCUGUGAUCUUUGUGAUUUGACUUUCUUUAAGCACGUACUGAUGAAACUGUCACUUAUUAUUAUUAUUUUUAAGUCUACAAACGCUCUACAUUUAUUCACUCUGUGAUAGGGUUGGAUCCUAUAUGCUACUUUUAUUAUUGUCCCGUAAAUGGUUCAGUGCCUAUAAUUUAGGCUGUGUGUGUAGAAUGGGGCAUAAAGGAAAUGACCUCUAUUACUAAAUUACUACUAGAUUAUAGUGAUAAGGAAAACAGUAUACACAUUUGGCUUGUGUAUUCAUUUGCCUAUAACUAAUCAGAAUUCCAUUAUGCUUAAAUAAAAAAGAGAAUAUUUCAAAAUGAGAAGAUCCUGCCAUGGAAAAGACGACUGGGUGGACAUAAAGUGGAAAGGAGGGGAAAUAACUCACAACAUGCAACAGGACACCUUCAGCUGCGGGGUCUUUGUAAUGCAGAGUUCAACAAAGCCAACAACUGCUUCAUGUGUGCCACUGAUAAAGAACCUGGAUGUGGCCCAAAGACUGACUGGAACCCUACCCCGGCGCAGUCACCUCUACCUCGGUGAGACGGUCCGCUUCCUCCUGGUGCUCCGGUGCAGGGACGCGUCCAGCGGAGAGACACCGACAGGCCCGGGGAUUGGGAUAGUGGGAUGCGGGGGAGGUGUUGCUGGGUUCGGCUCGGAGACCCCAAGUGUCCGGGCAUGGAGGGAGCUGGCGGGUUCUUUGUGCGCGGUGGCUAGCGUCAGCCCCGGAGAGAGCAGGCACCGGUCGCAUCAUCUCCACCACGAUUACCAGAGCAGCGGUGACGAGGGCACGGAGGAGGCCGAGGAUGAGUACGGGGCUCCGGCUUUGACAGGCAGGGUGGAUGCGAGAUGCCGGGGCUUCAGGGACUGCAGGCCGCUUCUCAUCCACAACAGCACGGGGAGUGGGGUUCGGGAAUUCCGCAGGGCGCCGUUGCAGUCUCCGUUGGACGAGCCUGUUGUGUUGACUGAUGAGGUCAUCUUCCCCCUGACCGUGUCAUUAGACAAACUUCCCGUCAACACCCUCAAAGUCAAGGUGAUGGUGACAGUGUGGAAGAGAGAGGCAGAGAAAGCAGAGGUUCAGGAACAUGGCUACCUUAGCAUCCUACAGCAGCGAGUCCCCACACACACCUUCAGACAAGACCUUAACACCUUCAAAGCACAGGUGAGCACCACUCUGACAGUGCUACCGCCCCCUACUGUUCGCUGUAAGCAGAUGACUGUCUCUGGGAAGCAUCUCACUGUGCUCAAAGUACUAAAUGAGUGUUCUCAGGAGGAGGUGACUGUGAGGGACAUCAGGAUUCUGCCAAACUUCAAUGCCUCCUACCUGCCCAUGAUGCCAGAUGGAUCUGUGAUGCUUGUUGACAACGUGUGCCACCAGUCAGGAGAGGUUGCCAUGGAGUCGUUCUGCAGGAUGGAGAGUGUAGCCUGUCGACUACCCAGCAUGCUCAGCGCCCUGGAGGAAUACGACUUCCUGUUCCAGCUGCAGCUCAGCGACAUGCCCCAGGACGACUCCAAAGAGGGUCUUGAAGUUCCUCUAGUAGCAGUGCUUCAGUGGUCAACUCCCAAGAUGCCCUUCACCAACUGCAUCUACACACACUACAGACUGCCCAGUAUCCGGUUGGACCGUCCCAGGUUUGUGAUGACCGCCAGUAGCCCCAGCACCGUGCAGACCAAGGACCAGUUUAGGGUCAGAUACACUCUGCUCAACAACCUGCAAGACUUCCUGGCUGUACGUCUGGUCUGGACACCUGAGGGUCAUGGGCAGAGUGAGGAUGCAGCGUUGGGGGCUGUAGUGUGUCACUCCCCCCUCAGUAACCUGGGCCACUGUCGGAAAGGCUGCACUCUCUCCUUCACUGUCGCCUUCCAGAUACUAAAGGCAGGACUCUACGAGCUGAGUCAACAUAUGAAGCUGAAGCUGCAGUUCACAGCAUCUGUCUCCAACCCUCCUCCCGACGCCCGCCCUCUCUCCCGUAAGAACAGUCCAUCCAGCCCUGCAGUCAGAGACCUACUGGAUAGACACCAGGCCAGUCUGGGACGAUCACAGAGCUUCUCUCAUCAACAACCGUCACGCUCUCACAUCAUGAGGACUGGCAGUGCGAUGGAAAGGCGAGCCAUCACCCCUCCGGUGGGCUCUCCUGUAGGUCGGCCCCUCUACCUGCCCCCCCAGGAGAAAGCUGUGCUGUCAUUGGACAAGAUCGCUAAGAGGGAGUGCAAAGUCCUGGUGCUGGACCCAAUCAGCUAGGAGAGGGAGGGAGAUGAGAGGUGAAGAGGGAAGGGAAGAUACAAGAUGUGGGGUGAGGGAGGAUGGGGGGGAGAGAGAGGAUAGGGUAGAGAGAGAAUAAGAGAUAGAUAACAUGAAUGGAGAGAGAAGAAUGUUGACAAUGGUAGGUGAGCGAAAGAUGCAGAUAGAGAAAAAUUAGUGUGAAGAUGAGGGCCUAAGAUCUAAACUGAGUAUGAGGCAGAAGCCACAGUAUUAUCUAAAUGUAACUGAUUUGAUCUCUAACACUCAUGCUGCUACUGAUGUGUGAACCAUAGAAGUAGUUUAUUCUAUUUCUAUGGUCAGAACAACAAACCUGUUGGGGUGUGAAGAGAACCCAUGUGAAACCAUGUCGCCUUCUGUGAGGUCACAGUGGUCAUUUUGAUGACAUUAGAACAGACUCCUCUCUUUGGGUCGAAUGAAAAACAACAUGAGAACAUUUGUAAUUUAGCCUUUCUUUAUGGUUAGUUCUAUCUGGUAUCCUUGGGACGUCCCUGCCCUAACCAUAACCCCCACCCUUACCUAACUCUAAUCUUAACUCUCGCCUUAACUGUUUUAAAUUUAAACUUCAAUGGGGUGACGUCAGAAUUGUGAUGUCCCAAGGAUCCCGUUUAGACUUUUCCUUUGAUUCAUUUCUUAUUUAGAUAGAACUAUCCUUUUUAAGGAGAAAUACUACUGUACAGUUAUCUCAAAUACUGUAUGUUAUACUUUGCUAAAUGCUGCCAGUUAUGCAAGAUAUACAGAACAUUAUUGCACUGUACAAACUUCACUGUCCAUGAUGCCUUUUACAGUGUUCAGCUCUAUUUAUUUAUUAUUCUGAUCUCUUACUCUUUCCUCCCCCUUUCUUGGCUCAGUGUCAGUAUAGUAAUAUCAGCAAUGUCAUACUUUUUAAGCUGCUGCUUGUGAAAGCAUGUUUUGAUUGUUUUUAAAGACUUUUGUUAAUAUUGACAGUUUAAAAUGCUCAGGCACUUUAAUUGAAGUCGCUUUACAGUGAAUCAAUGCUGCUCCCUGUUGUUGAAACUCUGUGGGAUGCAUCUCAAUAGUCUUAGGGUGUGUGCGCCCAUCUUCUUUCCUCCAUCUAAGUACACUGACAUUAAGAAACUGGAAAGGUGGAAGCUAAGUCCUAGUCUGCCUCUCGCUCAGCAAAGAUGGAGGAGAAAAGGACAGGAUAAUAGGAGAGGAGGCCACUAUAUCUUAUUGAGAUGCAGCCGGUAUUCUUUUCUGCUAUUGUUGAUUCCUGGUUUACAUUAGGAGAGGAGAGUGAACUACCUGAUCUCUGUGUAUCGCUGCAUCUCAUCAAAAUCAUUAAAUCCCAUCAGCAGCACUA